AUGACGAAGCAAGCAAAUCCUCGGAACAAACCCAAGGCCGAAAAGGCGGCGAAGAAGAAGUUCACAACGCGUCCGCGAAACCGCGUGCCCGAGGCCGAUCCCAUCCAGGAGUAUUGGUCAAGGAUAAUUUCCCCCCGUGACGGCCAUGUCGAAGUCCAAUUCAAGGGAGGAGGACCCGGAGGAGUCACGGUCCUACGCAAGGAUGUACCCAGGCUCUGGAGGAACGUCAACAACAGAAAAGCGAAGAAGAGGAAGGGCGUGCCCAACUUCAGCGUGGUGGAUGCCUGCUUCGGGUUCUGGUUUGACGUUUGCAAGGACGACGGUUUGGAGUACAAGUUCAAGUCCUGCGCCAACUACUUCAACGACGGUACGGGGCGAACAACUCGUCAACUCGCAAAGGAACAGGAGAAGAGUUUGUUGGCCGCUCUCCAUACGGUGUCUGCGAUUCCCAAAGACAGCGAGGAGGACAGCGAGUCCGACAGCGGUUCUGUCAUCGACCUCAGAGACACCGGCAGCGGUUCUGUCGUCGAUCUCAAGAAGGCGGCGGCGGGUUCGUCGGAGCAGCAGAAGCAGCACCAGGAGGCGACGGAGAAGAAUCCCACGACGAUCGAAGUGAAGUCGUCCAUUUGCCUAGCUAGGAUGCCAGUCUUUGGAACGAGGUGCAACAUGCAUCGUAUUGGCGAAUCUCGCUUCUGCGCCGAACACCGGCCCAAGUGGCACCAAAAAGACAGUCCCAUUUGGGGCCUGCUCCCUGUCACCAUGGUGCCCGAUUCGGACCCCACCAUCUGUCUGGCUUGGGUCACCUCAAGUGGACUGAGGUGCAGCAACAAGCGUUACGGCCUGUCCCGCUGGUGCGUCAAGCACUUCAGCGAGUGGCAUGGAAAAGACAGCCCUGCGUGGCGCCCGUGUCCUCCGUGA